ACCACACACCUAGAUCACUGUCAUUGAUUGAUCGACUGUGUGAAUCGGGUCUUUUUAUGGACGAUCGUCGUUCUGGACAUUGAUGAAGGGGGGACACGUCUUUGUACAGUUCACGCCGUCGUUCCUGUGUUGUAUCAGUGUCGACGACUUCACAGUGUCAUCACGUGGCGGAAACCGUGCCAAAAAGAGUGAUAGUUACGAAGGGGAGACACAAGUGCCAGUCAAGAAAGGACGACAUGCCGCGAAGAAGAUGAAGGUUGUCGCAACGGGCCCUUCAACGGGAGGCCACGUAAGGGAGGAAGAUUGGGCGAAGGAUUCUGAUGUUGGCGGCGCAGACGACGACUUUUUGUCUUACAACGACGUCGAUGUUAUCAGACAAGCGUCCGUGCCGAGGGAGGUGCAAGACAAGGCGGCCUCGCCGACGACGCACAUGGGGGGGGGCAGUGCGAGGACACGUGUAACAGCGCCGCUCGAGGGCCACCAAUCUGGACGGGUCCAAUCAGCUCCAGACACGCCACGCGGCCAAAACGUUCCGAAGGGGGGAGGCAUUGCCAAUGAGGCGGUGCAAGGGACCAUCCACGGAACAGAUCAACCACACGUGGCGGAUGCACAAGGCGGUGCGGUGGAGGGCUCUUCCAGAGCGGCGGUGGUGGGUGCAGUGCCUGCGGAGAGCCGUGGGAACGACGACGAUGACGAGCCUCUGGUGAACAGGCAGCGACGCGGGAAUGCGCGAGACACGGUCGAAGCCACAACGAAGUUGUGGGUGGAUGACAUGAGGUUCUGGAAUGAGACGGAGGGCCACAGACUUUUCAAGCUCAUCCAGAAGGCACACUUGUAUUUGUUGGCCAUCGCCAGGGGAGUACCCCCUCCCGAAAUCCGUCGAAGUAUAGCCCUCCCGCACUCCAUCAUCCCGCAGCACAAAAUUGACGACGAGUCACAGCUUAAGGCGGCGAAAGAGAGGGUGAUCAAAGUGCAGACCAUCGCCUUACGCGUCAUCCAUGGCUGGAUCUUCAAGUCUGUGAAUCGCGCGCGGGGCUACCACGCGGCUUAUGGGUACGUGCUCAACCACGUGGCGACGGACAUCGCUCGCGUCAUGUGGUAUGGAGAAGCGUGGCGCAGUCGUGUCAGCCUCGUUGUGUGCCACAUCACACUGGAGUUGGAUAUGAUGCUUCCCAUUUGGUUCGUCGGCGCGCACAUCGAGGAAAGGCACGAGGACGACGAGCUGGCGUGCUACCAAGAGGCUACCAUGCAGCGGUUGGUGGGCGCCUUCACGAGCGCCACCACUCUAGCAGAGGGGAUCGACAAAGGCCGCGUAUCGUACGACAAACUGAGGAACGUCACCGACCCCUACCAGGUUUUACUCGCCACUGCGAUGUGGCUCAUGAGGAUAAGCGGUGAUGAUCUUCGUUCCCAUUUCGAUGCCUCCCUCUUCGUUCAGCUCACCGCGAAGCCGACACUAGCGGCGUCCAUGCAUCGGUCGUUUAAUGCGCGUCGCCAUAUCCUCCAGGCAGCCGCAUUUGUCACGGAAAGGAUGGGCAAGCCGGCCAUGAUGUUGGCAGACCCACCUGUAUACAUCCCGGACUAAGCAUCAUGCGGCAUCACUUUCAGACAUGACGCCACUCUUCCAUCGCCGGCGGACGCCAAGAG